GGAUUUGGGAAUGGCGCCUAAAAUAUUAUACGUAUUUCGUAGAGUUCUUAAGAACAUGACAAUCGCUGUCUAGCUUCUUUUUGGCACUCGUAAGUGGCUGUUAUCCCUGAGGAUGGGUCGGAAGAAUAGAGCAAAACAGCCUGUUGGCAAGAAGAAGAAUGACGAGCACGUGGACGACAUGGACGACAUGGGAGACAUGGAAGACGUGAACCUAGAGGAUGUCGUGACAGACUCCGAAGAGGAGUACACGGAGACGGAAAAGAAACUAUUGGAGAAAGUGCGCAAACAACAAACCACAGAAGAUUUUGACAGUGACGAUGAAGUUUACAAAUUACAAGAUAGUGAUAAGGAAGAGGAAGACGAAGACGAAGACGAAGAAGAUGAUGAACAAGAUCUCAUGGGGUCUGAUAUUGAAGGUUUGGAGGAAGAUGAUGAUGACGAUGAUGUGUUGAAUGACAAAGCUUGGGGUACCAAGGCAAAAACUUUCUAUUCGUCGGAUUUCAAGUACACCGACUACGCGAUUGCUCCCGAGAAGGAUUUAAUCAACGCUGAGAUAGAGGAGGAGGAAGGAAGAAGGCUGCAUUUGAGAUUAAUGGGACAAUACGUGGUGCCGGAGAGUGUGAAUUUGAGUGAAAUCGCGCAGUUAGCGGAGUAUAGCAAAGAAGAUGAAGAAGAUGAUAAGAAAUAUAGUGUACAAACGUCGAAGGAGGAAGAAAAGUCUUUUAUGUUUAUGGUCAAUAUGUUUAAAAAGUUUAUGAUAGAAGUGAGAGAUGUUUACGCGCCCUUUUUCAAACUGGUUGACGACGGCACGAUUCCCGAAUGCGAGGCCGUGGAUUUUGUCAGAACUCGAUACCGAAUUCUACUCAAUUAUUGCGCCAAUAUCUCUUUUUGUCUCAUGCUGAGGGUAAAAGGAAUACGAGUUAAAGGUCAUCCGGUUAUAAAUCGUUUGGCGCAUUACAACGAGUUGCUAAAUAAGAUAGACGAGUGCAAACAGGAAGAUCUGCUGAAGCAGGUGGCGGACAUAGUGAGAGCAGCGAAGGAAGACAAACCUCUUUACAGCUUGUCAAACGGUUCCGAGAUACAAUACGCCAAGAAGAAAAAGAAGAAGGAAAAGUCAACGCUCGACAGUUUGAGUAGAACUUUGACACGUCAGACAAAAAUGAAGAAGCAAGAGAAAUACGACGAGUCCGAUAGAACGGAAGAAAUAGACGAUAAAGACGAUAUCGAGAAUGUCGAAGAGAACGUUUCGGACGAGAGAGAAGAUAACGAGGAAGAAGAAGGAAAGAGAGCGAUAACGUACGAAAUUGCGAAGAACAAAGGUCUCAUGCCUUAUCGCAAGAAAGAACAGCGCAAUCCUCGCGUGAAGUACAGAAACAAAUAUCACAAAGCUGUGGUUCGCAGGAGAGGUGCGGUGAGGGAAGUGAGAAAGGAGCUGACUCGUUAUCAAGGAGAAAUCUCGGGUAUCAAAGCGGGAGCGAUAAAGAGCAUAAAAUUCACUUAAUUGCGAAAACGAUUGUAAUUUUAUGCAAAUUAUAUAAACGCAAUAUGAAAUUACACUCGUUUGUUAAAUAUUUAAGCAGUCAAUCUCGCGUAAUCUCUAAGUGUCUGUUUUUCAUCACGUAAAUCAGUUUUGGAACUGGACGAGCGUUAGAGUGACGACACAGAUAUACAGUAGACAAAUGUUUUUUUUUUUUAUUUUAUCAGAAAACUAUGGUAUGUGGCUAUGUACAUGAGAAACAACGGCGCGCUUCAACCACCAAUAGAUUUAAAAAAAAAAAAAAGAAAGUCUUUGUGUAUAUCAAGCUGA